AUGGCGGCGCAGAGCCAAGCGAGCCUCCUGCUCCAGAAGCAGCUAAAAGGUGCGCUGGUGAUUUAAUCGAUCGUCUCUUGUGCGGGUUAGGGUUUUUCUUUCGGAACGAAGCGGGGAGGCAAACGUUUCCCGGUAUCUCCCCUGACGAUCUGUGGUUUCUUAUGUUAUUUUAUCAGAUCUAACCAAAAAUCCAGUAGAUGGCUUCUCAGCUGGCCUCGUUGAUGACUGCAAUAUCUUCGAAUGGAGCGUCACGAUCAUAGGGCCUCCCGAUACGCUGUAGUGAGUGUUCUUCUUCGCAUCGUUCCUUCUCGCGCAGGGGGUUUGUUCUUUCUUCUCCGCAUCUUCUUUUUGAUUGGGGUUUCUUAUAAUUAUAUUUUAUUUUUGGUUGAAAUCCGGGUCUAGAAUUACGGGGAAUCAUCAGUGGGAGCUUGCUAUUGGGGCUGGCUUUCGAUGUUCGGGCCGCUAAAGUUUCCUGGGGUCGUAGGGUUUUCUUUUCCGCCUUGCUUUUCAAAAAAUAAAUGCUUUGAUUAACACCAUGAAUCAUGUCAAAGAUCCCUUUCCUUUUUUCUCUUUUCCCUCGCCGUUGGUUGAUAUGACGACUCACAUAGGCACGCCUCAGCUGGCUUCUUUAUCUCAACAACCCUCCCACCUUUUUUUUUUUUUUUGCUUGUAAAUAACUCUUUAUAUGUUUAUAUGCAAAUUUGAUGAUUUCUUCUUUGCCCGCAGCCCUAAGGUUAUCGAUGGUAGAUAAACUACUGCUGUUCACAAUAUUAAACAGAGGACUAAUCAAGCUGCAAUGCCAUUGAUACCACUUUGUUGGAAGGGAACGAUCAGAGUGUGCAUUUUUAUACUUACUUAACAGAGGAGGGGAAUGAUUAUCUUAAGCGCUAACUUCAAGGGCAUAUCAUAUUCUUGCCUCCUCUAAGGGGAAUGGUCAACCCUACGUCAACAAACAUUAGCCUAGUGGAGGGUCUAAUUGCCUCCUUGCCUUCAGGCACUUCUUCUCGGCCCACCUUCUGCAACCUUGGCGCCAGGUGCUUUCGAUUUCCUGCAACUGACCUAACCCAAUCGCUGCAAGCAGCAUAGCCCCCCCUCCUACGCCCCUUGGGAGAUGGUUAAGAGAAGAUCGAAACGCACCACAAUGAUUUUCACAACCACACUGAGUCGAUCUUCUCGAAGGAAUUAUGACUACAAGGAGGCUAGGUCAACAGGACAAUAUGGGAUAUAUAUAUAGCAUUUAGACUCUGAACUCCGUUAAUCACCAGCUACAAACUUCUGUUCACUCUGGAAUCUGUUAUUCGGUCUCGACUAUAAGCUGUAUUACUGAGAUCUGCUGCACGAGCAUAAUAUUCAAGCAGAUCAUGUUUCAGGGUCCUGUCUCCAAAGGGCUUUCAUAACUGGCGUUUUCUCUUGACUAUAAGCGGUGAAUGCUCUUUUUCUAAGUUCCCACGAUGAACUGGCUGUGAUAACUUCUCCAUUACCACGGUCAAUGUAGUUAGUCUGCACAAUGCAAACACAAGGUAUGCAUCUCAGGUCAGAAGAUGGCUGUGUCUGCCGUCUUCUUCCUGGUUGUCUGCAGGAACCAGAAUGAUCAUUAGUCUUUUCUAAGUUGGGCGUCAGGGGGGAAAAAGCUGAGCCCUAGGGUACAAUGGGUCCCGAAGUACUUGCUUUCUUUACCAAACCGUGGACCGACUCGAUGGCUGCCGAGUGUUCAUUUUCGAACAAGCUGAAUAUUUGCUGGGAACCCUCAGAUUUUCUGAAUAUUUUCCGGUCACCUUUUCCUUUUUUUUUUCUUUUUUUUUUUAGUUCCUUUCAUUCCCUCUAAAUUUUGUACUCCAGACUGCCAUGAUGAUACUAAUUUCUCAGUUGUUAAGCUACUUUUUAACAAAGUUUUCGCGUGAUAUUGACGCCGAUUGCUUGCUGUUCGAGUGCAGCGAGGGAGGCUACUUCAAUGCCAUAAUGAGUUUCCCAUCAAAUUAUCCCAACAGCCCACCUUCUGUGAGAUUCACAUCAGACAUGUGGCACCCAAACGGUAAGCUAAUCUCAUCGAAUAGAACCUUCUUCUUCUCCUGGGAUAUUAGCUUCAACAUUUCCAUUCCUUUCCGAACAAUUGCAGUCUACCCCGAUGGGCGUGUCUGCAUAUCGAUCCUUCAUGCACCAGGAGAUGACCCCAAUGGCUACGAGCUCGCGAGCGAGCGAUGGACUCCUGUCCACACGGUACUCUUCCAUGAUCUUUAUCUGCCUGCUUCUUCAGACACCGUUCAGAUGAGUGCAGCUGCUUGUGCUCGGCUUUCAAGCAUCUCUGCCAUGGUCUGGACCGUUUUCAGCCGCCGGGAAGAGCACAUGUGAUGGCGGGGAUCCGUCGUCUUCUUUUUCACCUUCCAUUAUUUAAAUCAUUUUACCACAUUAUUUUAUUUAUUUUCCGUCCGUGGAUUAUUAUAUGAUCAUCAUGUUCUAUGUGCAGGUGGAGAGUAUAGUGCUGAGUAUAAUUUCGAUGCUCUCGAGCCCCAACGACGAAUCUCCUGCCAAUGUUGAAGCCGCAGUACGUCGAAGUCAACCCUCCGUGAUCUCCGCCGUCUAACCAUCGACUCCUUCCGUCGGAAUAGACCGAGACUGACUCUGGGUUCUGCUCGUUGACUUGCAGAAGGAAUGGAGAGAUAGGAGGGACGAGUUCCGGAAGAAGGUGAGCCGCAUCGUGAGACGCUCGCAGGAGAUGCUAUGA